CAGCCAACGACAGCCGACAUCUCUGUCCCUAUUCAAAAUGUCCAGCACCGUCCAGAAGACCGGCAAGAAGACCCGCUCGGCCAUCGCCGAUGUGGUGUCCCGCGAGUACACCAUCAACAUGCACAAGAGACUGCACGGUGUUAGCUUCAAGAAGCGUGCUCCCCGCGCUAUCAAGGAGAUCCGCGCCUUCGCUGAGCGUGCUAUGGGCACCACCGACGUCCGCGUCGACCCCCAGCUCAACAAGAAGGUCUGGGAGGCCGGUAUCAAGGGUGUCCCCUUCCGUCUCCGUGUCCGCAUCUCCCGCAAGCGUAACGACGAGGAGGGCGCCAAGGAGAAGCUCUACUCCUACGUCCAGGCCGUCAACGUCAAGGAGGCCAAGGGUCUCCACACCGCCGUUGUUGACGAUGAGUAAAUGUAUUAACUUUUAAACCAUCAUCAACAACUGACUGUGCUUGAUAUCCCUCUGUUGAAAAAA